AUGUUUUUGUUGAUUGUACGUUUAUGGUAUCGUUGCUGUAAUACGUAUUUCUUUCUUAAUCGUUUAUGUAUCAGGUCUCGCAAAGAGGAUAAUUACGUUCUGUUGACGGUCGUCGACAAGGGAAAGGCUUUCAGGCAAACCUUGGCUGAACUGAUGAAAGACACAUCUCCUAACCUAUUUACGGUAUCACGCCUUCCAGAAAGACCUGAAAUUGAACGGGACCAGCCGAUGUCUUUAGACGAAUGGCGAAGUUUCAGGACUGACGAUGGUUCUUUCAGGAACGUGAAAACUUUGAAGCAACGCAUCUUCAGAGGGGGUUUGGUUCCUGAAAUUAGAGCCGAGGCAUGGACUCUCCUGCUUGGGGUUUAUCCUUGGCAGUCGACCGAAGCGGAGAGAAAAGAAAUUAGGAUGAAAAAUACCGAAUAUUACGAAGCCCUCAAAGCUCAGUGGAAAGCAGUGACAGCCGAUCAGGAAACGAGGUGGUCACAUUUUAGAGAAAGAAAAAUGUUAAUAGGUGAUGUUCCUUAUAUUUUUUAUGAAUUGAUUUAA